AAUUCUAGUGCAGUCUUCCUCCGCAACUUUAGGUGGCGACAGUGAAGUCCCCAUUUCUAUGUUAUUUUUGAAAUGAAAUAAACAACCCAACAACACGCUCAACCUCAGUUAGACUCGGUUUCUGGACCAGGAUGGCUGCGUCCUCUUCCUCCUCCUCAGCCGGAGGGGUUAGUGGAAGCUCUGUCACCGGAUCUGGGUUCAGUGCCUCGGAGCUCAUUCCUCCCCGAAAAGUCCUGUACACGUACCCCAAAGGAGCUGGCGAGAUGAUGGAAGACGGCUCUGAUAGAUUUUUAUGUGAAUCUGUAUUCAGCUAUCAAGUUGCUACAACACUGAAACAGGUGAAGCAAGACCAACAGGUAUCACGAAUGGAAAAGUUGGCAAGUUUGGUUGAAGAGCUGGAGGCAGAUGAAUGGCGGUACAAACCUAUUGAACAGCUUUUAGGAUUUACGACCUCGUGAAUAAAUGGACUGAUUUAUCCACUCACCAAAAGGAGUGACUUAGAGGUUCAGCUUUGUAAAUGACCCCCCCCUCCCUUUUUUUUUGCGUGAGUGUGUUUAGAAUAUGAAUUGGGUCUGAUUUUUUUUAUAGGGUCGAAUGUUCAUAUUGCCAAAACUAUUAUGAUUUCAGAAAAACUUUUAUAAUACACUUCUUGAAGUAUUUGUUCAGUGUCAACCUGUCUAUUACAUGACAAGAUCAAAUCUAGACACUCAUGAAUGACCACAUUUUUCUGUAAUGGUCUUGUUGAAUAAAUUGAUUUUGACUCUUCAUUUUA